AUGAGCAAUUAGAACAUAGGGCACAUGUGGAGAAGCAACCAUAUUUCCUGCAUGUCCCAACCAUGGGAAGAAUUCAGGGUAGGAAAAAAGGUUUGAAGACCUUCCUGGGGCUCCACAGUAUGAACCCAUCUCUUGACAUUAGCUCAACUCUUGCCUUUUGGUUUUCUUCAAAAAGUGCAAGCAGACUCUGCUGAGUUCAGGUGAGGGCAAUGGAAGGUGUUAAACUGCUGGGCUGGGUCCACCUGGACACUUCAGGGAUUUCUGGUUCCACCUGGCUCCACAAUUUGAAAGGUCUAGGCUAAGAGCCUAGUAAGAGAGCAGGAUGGGUGUUGUAGGGCAGUCUAGGGCUGCAUCAGGAGCUAUGCUCUUCUGGGUGUUUCUUGGUCCCCUGGCUUUGGUUCUAGGGGCUCAUGUCAGUGUUUUUUCUGAUCCUACCCUGCUGACUUGUGGCCAAAAAAGCUUACAGCUCACCUUACCUCCAGGCUGGGAAGGGAAUGCUUCAUUUGUGCUGACUACUUGGGAUACUGAAGGGAAGGCACAUGCUCUGCAGAAUGACUCUGGCUGUGGGCUCUUGGUAUCUGGGACUCCAGAUGGCUCCAGGAAAGUAUCAGUCUCUUAUGCUGGCUGUUAUGUCUUUGAGUGGGAUCACAAUUACCUUAUACUGGUUGGGCUUGAAGGAACAGAUGUUGCUGGGCAAAAGGUUCUUUAUGAAGAGAGGCUGCUCAGGUGCCCUGUGGACCUUCCUGCCCUGGAUGCUCCAAGCAGUAGUGUCUGUUCAGUUGUUCCCAGCCAGGACCGGCUGCCGUGUGCCUCCCUGCUCAUCAGCCAGGGAGACUGUGAAGCACGAGGCUGUUGCUAUGACCCCAGAGACAGCGUGAAGCCUUGCUACUUUGGUAACACAGUGACAGCUCAUUGCACACCAGAUGACCAGUUUUCCAUAGCUGUUUCUCGAGAUGCAACCCUGCCACCUGUUGCCCUGGACUCAGUGCAACUGGCCAGUGGACACAGUACUGGCUGUGUCCCUGUCCUGACAAACAAUGCCUUUGUUGUGUACCAGUUUCCACUCUCGGCCUGUGGCACUACUUUUCAGAUAACUGGAGACCAGGUCAUAUAUGAGAAUGAGUUGGUGGCAAGCAGGGAUGUGAAGACUGGGAGCCUUGGCUCUGUCACUAGGGAUAGCAUUUUCAGGUUACAUGUCCGAUGUAGUUAUUCCAUCAGUGGGAGCUCCAUUCCCUUGAGUGUUCAGGUCUUCACAUUGCCACCACUCCCUGCUGUGUCCCAGCCAGGUCCUCUGUCUUUGGAGCUGCAUGUUGCCUCAGAUGGAAGCUACACUUCCUACUAUACAGACAGUGACUAUCCUGUUCUGAAGACUCUGAGAGAGCCUGUUUAUGCAGAAGUCAAGAUCCUUCAGAGAACAGACCCUGACUUGAUUUUAGUUCUGCACCACUGCUGGGCCACACCAAGCUCCAGCCCCCAGCAACAGAUGCAGUGGCCAAUUUUGGUGGAUGGAUGCCCUUAUGCAGGGGACAACUAUCAGACACAGCUGAUGCCUCUGAGUUUCACCUCAGGACUACUGUUCCCCUCUCAUUACCAGCGUUUCACCCUCUACACAUCCACCUUUGUGGACCCCACUUCCCAAGGGAAGCUCUCUGGGCUGGUGUACCUGCACUGCAGUGCUUUGGUGUGCCACCAGUCUGUAAAGGAGUCCUGUGUCACCACUUGUCCUUCCAGUGUCAGGGGUAAAAGGAGUGCUGAGCAUCCUUUUCAGGAGGGCACUUCCCACGUCUCUGGCAAAGGCCCUGUGAUUUUCCUCCAGGAUGAGCUAAGACAGUACACAGCCAAGGAUGGCCUCAGAGUGACAGUGCAGGCUGCAGCCCCCUGGGCUCUGGGAUUUGCUGCUGUGACAACUGGGACAGCUCCGUUUGUGGUGCUUGUGGUUUCUGUGCUGUGGCAAAGGAAGGUGUCAGCAACACAUGAAAUCAACUGAUUGCAAUAAAGUGACUGCCAAACCCAUUUGUUUGGUGGUACCCCUUCCCCUGGAGACUCUAGCUGUAAGCCUUUAUUUAUGAGGCAAAAAUUACCCCAGUGGCUUUGAAAGCCUUCCAAAUGCUCUGAAUUCAUCUCAGUCUGGAAUUCUUCUGCUCUGGGUUUGGUGUUAUCUGUCUGCCUUGGACAAGCUGGAGACCUUGUCAAGGCCUGGGCUGCAGACUGAGGCAGGUUUGAUGCUGGGUGGUGUUGGCAUUUCUGUUAAUGAAUAUAGUGGCUUUCAAAAGUAGUGACCUAGGCUCCAUUCAAACACUGAGCAGAAGUGCAGCAAAACUCACUAAAAGCAGAUCCUGCAGCUGCUUCUCUGGGGAUGCAGAGCAGUUGUUUUGACUGUGCCAAGGAGCUGGGAAUUGCCCACUUGUCCCUAAGUCACUAGGUAAGUUAGAGCUGUGCUCAUGUGGCAGGACUGGAAAGCAAGGAUGCCAAAGCACUACACAAAUGGGCCUUCCUAAUGAUGCUGUGCAUUAACCUGCCUUUCUUGCCCUAGAAACAGAAAAGGAUAGGCGGCAUUUUUCUGGUGAAUGAGAACAUGGAAACAUCAUUCCAAGUGGGGAAAAAAAUAAAAGGGCCUAGAUGGUUUGAACUUCAGGAGAAAAAAAAAAAAAAUCAAAGUUUAGAGCUUAAUUUUAAGUCUUCAUGUGACAGCAGGCUGUUAGGAGUGUUCAUAGGUCUUGGAUUAAAGCUAGUUUGACAUCACUCUUGGCAUAAAAGUGCUUUUCAUAAUUUUUUAACUUAUUUCUUUUAGAUGAGAAAUAUAACUUGCCAUUUUGAGCAUCAGGAGCAGCUCAGUGUGGUGUUGUCAGUCCCAGCAGCUGGGCAGCAUCCCUCUUUGCUUUCUGAGGCCCUGGGUGAAAACAGUGCAGCAAAACCCUCCAGGGAGUAGAGGGAAAAUGGGGUUCCACCCCCUUCUUCCUGCCCAGCCUGGGGGGAGCCCUGGUGCUUGCACUUACACUGAGAGCUGCUUACAGCUGAUGGGAUAGUCCUUGAGGGGAAGGAAAAAUGCUUUUCCCUAUUUUCCUCUAAGGCUUGAUUAGAAGUUCUUCCUGUUAAGGGCAGGACAGAAGUCUUAAUUGUAUUGCUUUGGGGCCUUCAAAAGGGAAGAGUAGCACUUGCACAUGGAAGCAAAAAAACUGAUCAGUAGCUUGCUUGAGGCAGCAGAUGUUGUUCUUUCUAAUUAGGUUCUGCUGCUACUAUGUGAUUGGAGGGUAUUAAUGAGUGGUGGGAUCUGCAUUUUAAUUCCUUUCCUAUUCCAAGGAACUUCAGGAGUAAUCUUGUUUUUUAUUUUUCUAGUAGAAAUACUUUUCCCUGCUACUGUCAGGAUAACCAGUGAUCUUUGCCUUGCACACUUUCAAAAUCUAACCAGAAGAAAAGACAACCAAGUUGUAAGGUGGGAGGGAGAUGGAGAUCACAGGCUGGAAAAAACUAUCAUCAGAAGAUAGGUCAAACAGCCUCCUCUUCUGGAGCAGGCCUCUGGCAAUUAAAUUACUUUGGUCCAGGUGGGGCUCUGUCUGGGAAAGCUGAGUAUAAAUUCAUAACGUGCCUCAUGAAAAGUCUUUAGUAGCAGUCUGUAAUGUUAAUUAACUGGGCAAUUAGAAGAGUAAUAUAAACCACACCUUCUCAGUGCACCAGGCAGGGUGCUCUGGCACUGAUCUUAAUUGUGUGUGUGUAAGCUAAGACCUAAAGACCUUCUGUCUGCUACUGGACCCUUCCUGUGCCUCAGUAAGAGAGACAGAAAUAUUUGCUUAGAGAGCUUAGAUGACUAUGUGGAUGAUGAAGGGGCUGUGAGAGUCAAGUCCCUGCUGCCCUUUGUUGAGUUCCUGAACCAUCCCAAAGUGGCAGGGAGCUCUGGGUGUGUAUCCUAUGGGAAUUGCAUGGAUUCUCCUGCAGGGACUGUACCUUUUGCUGCAGAGCUGUGCGUAGCAGGCUGGUAUGUGUAGGGUACUUGCAGUGCUAAGUGGAGGUGGGUGAGCAAAGAAAUAAAUUUAAUUCCCUGCUCCACUCUGGGGAGUCUUAUGUGUUUAAGGCUUGCUACUUGGUCCUCAUCUGGCAGGAAGGCUGUGAGCAGCAGUGGGAUGAGUUGUUCUUUUGAAGCACUGGUACAGGGUGAAAGGCAGCCUUCAGGUUUCCUCCUCUGUUGCAUGGGCCCUGUGUUCACUGUCUGUUCUCCAACACCACUGGGGUGUUUAGUGGCUCUCAUAACUCCUGUUUGUCAAUACUUGCUUCUGCAAAAAAGUGUAUUCUUUCCCUUCUACCUUCACAGAUACACUUCUGGCUUACUUUUUUUUGAGGCCUCUCUUUAGCUGAGUCUCAUUGACUUUUCACCGUUACUUUCUUUUAAUUACCUGUGUGUUGCUUCUUGUGUCAGCACCCUCUUUAGCUUCACUCUGUGUCACCUGGUUAUACAGUUCAGUUAAAGCUGAACAGUUAUACAAUUAUAGCUAUACAGUUCAGUUAAAGCUGUUGGGCAGUGUGGUACAUGGUGGCUUAGACACCUGCAGGGGAAAGGAAGUUGCUCUGUCCAGGAGGGUGCUGCUGGCUGGGAAUCAAGGCUGAGGCUAGUUAAGAUCUGUCAUUUGAGGCUGUUGUGUAGUGCUGCUACUGAACCCAGAAUGUCAGAAAGAAACCCCAGUGCUGAGCAUCAGUGCACUUUGCUCCAGUGCCUUCACUGAUUCUUUUUGGGAGUGCUGUGUGUGUUGCCUGUCUGUGGAAGCAAAGCCCAGAAACAGCACCUAAUAAAAGGCUGCUCACAAUUAAUGCAUGUGUUUUUUCAUACCUGAACUUUCAAAAGGCUCUCCUCACCCUCUAACUCCUUCAGAACAGCACCUACUUCCAAAGAGCAAACUUGCUUAUUUGCCAAAGUUAAAGAUGUUGUUUAAAAGCUUGGAGGUAAC